CUCCACACUCACAAGGCAUUCCGUGGAAAUGACAGAAAAUUUUGUGACAACUACCUACGAGAACGCUACGUACAAGUACUACCGCAGAAUCUUCGGAACGAACUUGGCGGCUUCCGGGAAGAGCCGAGUGCCGAAACCCGACACAGACACGGACACCCCCGGCACCACCAAGUAACCAAUACAGCCGCAGCAAGGCAUCCACACUCCCCGGACGGCCCGCACACGAUGGAACCGUCAUUGUCCCUCCCAGCGAACGGUGCCGCCGAGAAAACGACAGAACAAGAACCACCCAUCCCAAAACGCCGCAGCGGGAGCGCCAAGCUGGUGUCCUUCGCGGAGGACGCCCUGUCCAGGGACCGAAAGGGCGACGGAACCGGCGUGGUGGUCGAGGAGGAGCAGGGGGUCUUUGUGGGCCCGCUGCUGGGGCGCGUCUCCCUGCCGACGCGGGGAGGCGGCAACCACCGGGGUCCUCCGGCGGUGUCUUUUGGGGGGCUGCCGGAAAGAGAAACCAGCGGAAGCGGGGGCGGCGGCGUGGAGUUCGAAAACCUGGCGGUGCGCAUGGGCCUGCUCAAGUGCGGGCACCGCUACCGCUUGGUCAUUCCGGUGCCCGACCACCGGCGAAACACAACCAAAACCGCAAACCAAGGCGGCGGCGGCAGCAGCUGCACCGACAGCUCCACGACCGUGCGGAUCAUCGAAGACUCCCUGGACGACGAUUUGACCGGUGAAAUCGAGAGGAAGGAAUGCCUUUCUCCGUCGUCGUUGCCGUCGACAACGACAAGCAACGAUGGCUGCGAUCCUGCAGGCGAUCGCAAGGAUUCGUCGUCGUCGUCAACGCUUUCGUGUCGGCAGCACCAAUACUUUUUGAAGAUUACUCUGGCGCCAUCGAGACGGGGUCCCUACCGCGGCCGGUUUGCCCUGGAGUCGGUGUGGCGUGGGAGCGACCACGAUCCGCCACGGGAGCGGCCCCGGCRAACAGGAGACCGGUGCGAGAGCGACGGCAAUGGAUCCAGCAAAAACGGUGCCGGCGGCAACGACGAAAGCGAAAGCAACGGCGAUGCCGGAGCUCCAAUGGCAGAGGGCCAGCACCCUGCCCCCCUUUCCCCCGUCCGCAAGUGCGUCAUGUCCGUCCAGGUCGACGCCACCGUCAUGGGCAAGGACACGGGGACGCCCAAGCUCCGAAACGGGGUCGUGUGCCUGGGAAAGGUGGCCGGGUACGACAGCGACGAAAACACGGAGUGGCAGGGCUUUGGCUAGCGGGCAGCGCGCGGCGGGGGGCCCGCGGGAACCGGGGGGGAAGGCAGCGAAACAGCCGUUUCGGUUGCCGCACGGAAUGCUGCCGACUCCCAAAAAACUACGGGAUUGGUUCGUUCCGAUGCAAACAACCGUGCACCAUGACCUUUCUGCACGCUGUGGCCGUGCAGGAAUCUUUCGAAGGCCCACUGCAGGCACUCGCAAACGGCCUUCGGCAGCAGCGGUGCUCGCACCGCCACCACCACCAUGAAAGUCGGCCCUUGAUCCGUACCCCCUUCCUUUCGAGGUUCGUCGCCAUUGCUGGUGGUGCAACACGAUUGUCUCCUCAAUCAUUGGGCACUACUAGUUUCUACUGUGCCUUGGUGGCAAUGAAAAUAGUGCGCAUCGGGGACUUUGUCCUGGGAGUAGUCGACAAACCCUAGCCUACUAGUAUCGCCACAACCAAUGCAGAGACAUGAUAUCAAGCACUGCCUGAUGGUUGCUCUGAGCUCUGACAGGAAUCAUCCACCAAGCAAUAUCUUCUUCUAGCAAGAAUCAUGAGCAAGAAUAUUAUUCAUCUGCUAGUAAUCGUUAUAUAUCUAUUGAAUUUUU